AUGGCCGACUCGUGCCCUCAGCCGUUGCUCCCGGCAUUUGCCAUACGAGACUUGAACGGUGCUGAGACGCCUCCAGCCGUCGUCCAGAUCACAGCCCAUCAGUACGAUUCCACCGUCCAGACCGAGCCUGAUGUCGUUCUCUCCUACAUGGACGAUGAUGAUGGCGAGCUCAUCACAGUCGGAAGUUCGUUCGAGCUGGAACAACGUCUCGAUGAACCUGCCCGACAUUCAACCAUGCCCAUCCCCAUGCCACUGAAGACCAGCCCGGAUGCCGAAGAUAGCAUGAUGCAUAUCUUUGAUAUUCAGCACAACGGCAAGAGCUUGACUACGUGGAAGAACUACGAGGCAUACACGAGCAAGAAGAUGACCAGUGGUGGUCCGCCUGCAACUGCUGGGAAAGUCAACCAAUAUGAGUCGACCUCACCCCAAUCUCAGUCCGCCCCCAAAGCAUCCGCACACGAAGCCAGCAUGGGCCAGGUCAUUGUCAAGCCAGAUCAAUCGACGAAAGAUUCUCUCUUGAGCAACCUGAACGCACCUCCAGCAAUGUCGGAGCAUGCCACCAGUGGUGCCACCCCAACUGCACCGAAGUCAGGCCGGUCCUCGGACAAAGGCUCAAGCUGGUCCGACAACCAACUGUUCGAACUCUUCGAUAACUUGGGCUUGAGUCUCGCCCCCAUAGCAAACAUGCUCGACACAGCCGCCGUUGGUCUGCGGCAGGUCGCCGACAAGACGGCCAAGGCAGAACCUGUCCCGGUGGAGGAUCUCCUGAGCGGGUUGAAAGCGAUCAUAGCAGAUGUUGGUGAACUUGGGCGCGAAGUUUUGGCCACACUUGAUCUUGGGCUCGAUCACUACAAGGCCAACAGAGAAAACGACAAGAUUGAAACAUCUGUCUCCAAGCCCGUAGCGCAACCAUCACCCUUCGUACCAAGCCAUGUCUCUGGCAAGGCUGAAGCACCACUCAAGGCCGAGGCUAGCGCGAAGAAAGUCUACUUCAUCGACACAACUCCUUUUUCGGCAGAGCAGAAGGCAGACUCAGUCAAUGCGCCAGCUCCUCCGGCUCGAAGAUGCUCCGGCUCGAAGAUCUCGUUCCAUCUCCCUGGCACUCAGAAGCCGAUGUUGUCCGAGCGAUCACAGCACAACCCUCUGCACUCAGUCGGGUCGUAUUUAACCGAGACUGAGGCACUGCGUCCCUCAAAUACGAAAGCGUCGAUCCUCGAUUUGGAACCGUCCGAACCUGACUUCUCUGCUAGAUACCCUCCAUUGCUGUCGCUCCGAAAAGCAAAGAGUGUUGGAGGGUUGCAUAAUAAGUCUCAGGUCCCUUCUUCCCUCAAUCACACUGGUAUGAACGCGGCUUCGGCUUCCACCCGUUAUCCUACUAUCGGACAGUUUGAGCAACAGACCCGCUUGAAGCCGGUAGCCACUUUCGAUGAGAAGCAGGACAGUAGGUACAACGCCGCUGUCGGUGUGACAUCACCUGGAGAUGUGCCCAAGUCCAGAAAGACCGAGGUUUACAAGAAGCCUUCGGUGGAGGACGAUCUCGUCUUAGAACAAGCAGGAAAGAAGAGCAAAGGAGCCAUGCCAGACAUCAAGAACAACACCGCAUUGCCACCGACGUCUGUCCCAGGAGCCUGGCCGGAGCACAAGGCAGAAGAACUGCAUCCUGUCGGUGCCGCGACCACCCAAUCCUACUUGGACUCAAUCAUUAGUGUUGCUCCUAAUAUUUCGGCUGCAUCCACUCGCGCCGAGAUAUCAGAAGGUCUUUCGCAGCGCGCCUAUGGUCCUAUCAGCGACAUGUACCACCGUGCAGAAACAGCUUCUCUUCCACGCAGAUACCAUACUGUGGGCGGCACCAAUCCUGCUGCAAGACUCAACGGACCAUUUGACCCACUGGUGCCACUCAUUUCCCAUCACUCUGACCGCCCUGCCGGAGGACGAUCUGCUGCCUACACUCCUACCUGGAUGACUUCGAAUGACUACCCAGCUCUUGACAAGAGACGUCCGACCCAUUCCACAUUGACCGCAGAAGAUCGUCGACCCAAUGGCCAGCCCGAGGAUUUCACAUAUCCCUACGCACCUGGUAAUGGCGACUGGUCUUGCUCUCCACCAAUCUCUGCCGCACGUCAUGCUGAUGCUCUUUCUAGAGCCCAGAGCACAAGUGCCCGUUACCGACACGUGGCUGGACAUUCUCCCCAAUUCAGUCGCCUGCGAGCCCGCCAUGCAGAUUUCUUCCGACCCAGUUUCGACGGCUUGACCACGAAACCAUCUGUGGUUCGCCCAAGCAGCGACUCCACGACUGUUGGCCUUGCCCCACCGGUUCCGACCCAGACUCGUCUCUCGUCAUUGACAAUUCCCAUCGAUACUCAAGUCCGCUACAAAGACUCCAGUCCCGAAGCUGGACGCCCGGCACUCUCAACCACCUCGUCCCGUAUGGCACGUCCAAGUCUGACUCUGUCACCAAUCAUUACUCCGACCCCGUACACCCGACCAAGAGGUCGAUCUGGCGCCUCCGCACCUGCCCCGACCUCUACCGCCUUGGUUGACUUAUGUGUCAAAAAUCUCAAAGCAAUGGGCUACGGCGUCGAGGACUGCAACGAGAUGUCACGACUGACCAUCUAUGCCAGUGCCGCAGCGGGUGAUAUCGCCACUGCCAUCGAGAUGAUCGAGGAGGACCGUGAAGCUGCCAAGGAACUCACUGAACGUUGA